AUGUAUGAUUUAAAUCAGAAAACCAUUUUCGUAUUGGAUCACACACAAUACUUUAGUAUUUCAAGUGAAGAUUACAUACCUUUAGAUUUUCUCAAAGGUAAGACCGGUGGUGCAACGGAUCAACCUAUGCCAGCCUCAGCUGCUGGCAGUUCCACUGGCCUGCAGUUUAGUAAAAGUUUAUGGACCUGUUCCGUUGAAUCUUCCAUAGAAUAUUGUCGCAUUGUUUGGGAUCUAUUUCCGCGUGGAAAGUUAAUACGUUUCAUAGUAAGUGAUACGGCGGCUCAUAUAGUGAAUACUUGGAAAUUUGCCACACAAAAUAUGUCUCACGUUUUAAAUGCCAUGGCAUUGGUUGGGGUGCCACAACGUAAUACACCCCAAUCAUCCGACUAUUCAGUAAUACAUGGCUUAAGGGCGGCAAUAGAAGCACUGGCUGAGCCGACGGAACAUCAAAUAAAUUUAAUGCAGGCCCAAGAGAACAAUCCGAAUAUGGCUAAUGAAAAAAUACCGAAUAAAGGCCGCGUAAUAUGUAUAACUUCAGCACGAGAUAAUCCCAGUAUGAAGAGUUUAGAGGAUAUUUUCCAUAAUGUCUUAAUGCAGCAGAAUACCUUGGCCAUGACACAAAAGAAAUUAUUACAUAUAGAUCAUUGUCAUUUAGUUAUUAUCAAUAUGGUGCCGUUGAAUAUAGAAACUUUGGUAACGAAUCGCAGUAAAAUGGAACUAUCACCCUGUUUGUCUACGGAAAUACACACCACUAGUGCGCCGGAAAUCUCCAACAAAUUGACACAUUUGAUAAUGAGUCAUUAUGAUUUGGCCAGUACCACAGUGACGGGAAUACCCAUGAAGGAAGAACAAAAUGCUAAUUCUAGCGCCAAUUAUGAUGUGGAAAUCCUUCAUGCUCGCAAUGCUCACACAGCCAUCUGCGGCAAUGAAGCCUUAUUGCCCACCAGCAUUAAAGAGGGUGCCGAAUAUGAAACUGUUACCUUGAAAUGGUGCACCCCUAGAGGUUGUGGUGCCUCCGACAUGUCUGCUUGUCCACCCUGUUUGGCUCAACAUCGUGUAACUCCGGUUGAUGUCACCUCACGUCCUAGUUCUUGUUUAAUUAAUUUUUUGCUUAAUGGUCGUUCGGUUUUAUUGGAAAUGCCCAGAAAAACCGGUGGAAAAACCACCAGUCAUUUACUCUCUGCUCGAGGUGGAGAAAUUUUCAUACAUGCUCUACAAAUAACACGCUCUUGUCUUGAAGAUCCACCCUCAAUAUCCGAGGGACCUGGAGGUCGUAUUGCUGACUAUCGUAUAACCGACUUUGCUGCAUUCAUUAAGGCCCAUCGCUUCCUUCCCCUCAAGUCUAAGGCAAAACCAGAAGAAAAUCUACACAAAGCCAGAGAACGUUUAUACACACGAUCACUCUAUUUCCCUUUAACUUUAAGUACAACAAUGGUUUUCAAUUUACAACGCAGUGUACACUGGUUGCCAAAUUUCUUGCGUAAAUUAGCUAAAGAAGAUAUGGAUAAAGCGGAUGAAAUACAAUGUCAGCAAAAUAUUUACGAAUUGUAUACGGCCUCAACGAGAAGAGAACCGUUGCCGUUUCCCAACUUAAGUGCGAAUCGUUUAAAAGGUCACAAGAAAAUCGAUCAAUAUAAAUUGUUAUGUGCCGAACUGGAGGUACUUAUUAAAGGCUGUGCCAGUACACCCCACCAUAAAGUUAUAUUGGAAAGUAUACAGAAUGUAAGAGCGGCUUGUGGUGAUGCUACCAUUAAAUCGGAAACAGAUUUGGCGCGUGACGCUGCUGGUAAAUCUAUUAUAAGAGCUACCACCGAUUCACCUUUAUCGCCUCCGCAUUCCAUAGACACCAGCAGCUCUGGUAGUACGCAAUUGCUAAAGGCUAGCAAACGUAGUUUUAGCAAUGUGGGUCAACGUUCUCUCUUCGACAUAGUGUCCAGUGUAGAACGUUCUCAAUCGAAUAAACGUGCCGACUUUUCAGGCCGUUUAUGCACUCCUCUGGGACAAGUGGCUAAACUUUAUCCUGAUUUUGGCACCAAAGAAAAAGAGCCGGGCUCUACCAAUGCCACACCCAUAAAAGAUGAAAAUCUAGCAAUUAAAUUAGAAGUACCCGGCAUACGCAGUAAUUAAGUCUUAAAACUUGUUCAAAAUUACAAAAAUGUAUUAAGAGAACACUUUCAAAACAAACAAAAAUAUUUUCAAAAUAUAAAUUU